GCAAAAAAUCAGUCACAUUAAAGAUAGAGAGAUGGCGAUGGAUCCGUUUAGAGGACAAGGAGGCAUUCAGAUGCUAUUAACUGCAGAACAAGAUGCCCAACAAGUCAUAUCCAACGCUAGAAACAUGAAAAUGGCGAGAUUGAAACAGGCUAAAGAUGAAGCUGAAAGGGAAGUGGCGCAGUAUCGUGCCAACAUGGAGGCUGAAUAUCAGAAGAAAGUUACUGAGACAAAUUCUGGGUCGUAUGCUCAACGACUGGAGGAGGAAACCAAUGCUAAAAUUAACAACUUGAAAGAAUCAUCGGACAGGGUCUCAAAGGAUGUAGUUGACAUGCUUCUUCGCUAUGUUGCAUCUGCCACAACUUGAAUUAAAAUUUUGUGUCUAUUUAAUUAAUUCUCUUUGUAUUUUUUUUUAAAAAAAUAUUCAAUUACUUUUGGAAUUUUGUGAUUUUGUCAAACGUAACGGGCCUACUUUUGGUAUCAACGGACGGCUAUGAUUCACAUGCAGCGGAAGAUUACAAAUGCAUGCGCUAGUGCUACGACUAGGAGAUAGCGCCAUUUUCUUUUUAUUUUUAUUUUUUUAAAUUUUCUGUCAAGACAAGUACGGUACGACUGGGAAAGAAAAACGUGUCUCAUUUGAUUUUGAAUCUA